AUGGAAGGAGAAACCUAUGGUUCGUCAGUCAAAACCAUUGGUUCGUCAGUCAAAACCAAUGGUUCGUCAGUCAAAACCAAUGGUUCGUCAGUCAAAACCAAUGGUUCGCCAGAAGAUGAUAUCAACCAUAUUUAUCUAUCCAUCGGCUCAACAUUUCGCGAUCUUCAGACGACCUACCUCAUCAUCAGCCUGGUACUGUCGGUGGGAUGCGGACUGCUUCUCCUUUUCUUGGUCUGGAAAAAAGACUAUCUGCAAAAGCCGAGCCAUUUCCUUCGGUGUAACCUAGCUGUGGAUGACAUCAUCUUCACCAGUUGCUUGAUUCCCGUCCGUAUCUACGCAAUUUUCCAGCAAGACAUCAACGGGGAAGAUCUGUGGUCAGCGGCUAAACUUCUGGUAGCUCCACCAUGUCUGCUAUCCAUGUUUGGUACGUACCUCAUGAUGGCGGUAGAUCUGUACUACUUUGUGUGCGAACCCCUACACUACCAUGACAAAGUUACCACCAAACGCGUGGUUGUGGGCAUCGCGACGAUUAGGACACUCUCCUUUUUAUUCGGACUAGCGCCUGUGGUUUUCUUCGGAGUGCCACAAUUCGACCAAGCUGUGAACAGUGCCUCCUCAUUUGUCAUUUUCAGAAACAUUGGCUUGGUCGUCUUCUUACUCGUCGCUCUCUCAAUCCCCUUGCUGUACUACCAAGUCAUCAAGGAAGCCAGGAGACAACAGGAAAGGGAUGAGAACCGAGACUUGUGGGUUUUCCAGACCAAGGCAUUCAAGAUGAUGGUACCACACGCUAUUGUACUGACUGUUUCCGUGGCCACUUCCAUUUUCCAGGUAGCCAUGGCACGCGCGUUAAUCAGUGAUGAAGAACAAACGUUACCAUAUGCAUUGAUUGUUGCUGAUCAUGUGGCCAUCCUCUUGUUCCUGACGGUAUCAUCUAUUGCCAACCCCAUCAUCUACAGCUUUCGGCUCCCGGACUUCCGUCGAGCCUGUAAGGAGCUGUGUGGACUGCCGACCAACACCCCACCUGCGGUACCGGCACGGCGGCAUGGGGACAUGGAGAUGGCCGUCAUCACCGGUUCUGGGCAAGGCGCGCAGGUCACAGAGAUGACACCAGCUCCAACCUCUGCAGAAAAGUUCACCAAGGAGGACGUACAUUCACAAAAUCAAACAACACGUGCAAACACGAGUCCGGGACGACCGCCUGGUACAAAAUACCGUGGCUGUGCGACUAGUACCGCUUACCAACGACCAUCCCAGUUCACAGUACGGGCAGAUGUGCAUGCUGAACCAACACCAUGUUCCGGACAGGAUAUAGCGGGGACUCUUCCAGGACAACUGCACUUGGACGCAGAUUCGGGAGACGUCGCUAUGUAG